AUCUUGGUUAUGUGUGACAUAACAGUGAUCCAAUACAAAUUAAACUUCCUGCUUGUGAUAAUGGUUGUUACAUAUGUACACCCAAAGUAAGGACGUGAAAGGUCGGUAAUGGAAGAACCAGAGGAAGACUUUGGGUCGGUGUAUCAGCUUUUUAAUUUUGAUGUCUCUAAGGAAUUAGCUCUCCCUGACUUCUACAACCAGCGCAAAAAUGACCUACCUAUGCUAAUCAUCGUCAGUGGUGGAAACUAUGGUCAAACAAAAUGGGAUGAAAUAUCUACAGACCAGGUCAUGAGGUUUCACAGUACACACUCUGUUCGUCGAGUUUUAGCGAGAGAACCAACAGAAGCCAAUGACAUCAAACUGGAGUACCUCAGCAUACCUGUCAAUGGCAACUUCCGGUUUCAACUAGUCAAGUCUCGAACACAACAGAGUGCUUCAAUGACAAUGAAUGAGGUCCUAGAGUCAAGAGAACUUCCGGUACUGAUUCAGUUUUCUAAUGACAAGCCGAUUCCUGACGCCGGCAAAAACCGAGACGGGAGUCCGGCCUCAUUCCUUGUUAUAGCAACACACGAAGAACAUUUCAUCCAGGGCAACUACUUACUAAUUGACAAGAUAGGUAAGGACACGGCAGCUGUUGCUCUAAGUCCUCUGAUUUCUGUAACAGAAAUCACUGGCUACAAGAAUAAAUCAGACAAAGAAUUCCAGAAUUUCCUUAAAGAACUGGACAGCUUUGUGGAGAAAAAUUGUACCUACCCAGAGGACAACUGUGAUCUCAGAAUAAAGAAAUACAAUAUUCUUGAUCCGGAGAUAAAGGAAGUUGUUCGUAGUGACAAUGUAUUUCCUACCGGUAUUUAUGGGGACACUGGGGAGAGGCUACCAGCACCACCUGUACCAGCACGUGGGAGAUCCCUCAAACUAAAAGCAGAUGAUAAGAAUGAAGAAGAAUUGUAUGAACACUACACCAAAAUUAAGGACAUACCUCGUCGACAAAAUUCGUCCUACACAAAAAUUACCAAAAGUUUUGAAGAAAAGGCAGGACCUUCUGAGAAUGCCUCGACGGAAUCAGUGGCACUGGUUAAGUUCACUCAAACCAACAUGUCAGUGAAGGAAGUUGGAAACAUGCUGAAGAAAUUAAAACUGGGAAGACACGUAAAAAAGUUCAAGACUGAAAUGAUUGACGGUGAAAUACUAAAGGAAUUGACAAGGUCAAUUCUUGUCAACGAUUUUAACUUCACUCAUGUAGAAGCUAUCCGUUUGGAAAAGUACAUCGAAUCUGGUCACGUGCCAGAAUGAACACGGUCUCAACAUGAUAAUCAGAAUGUCAUUGCAUCAUCAGGAUAUUACUGAAGUGUAUUCCAAUUAUAUCACUGUGUUUAUUGUUCCAGCACUGUCAUAAAUCACAGAAAUCUUA